AUGACUCCAAGGCUCUCAGGUCGUGUCGCGAUUGUGACAGGCUCCAGCUCCGGUCUGGGACGAGCCAUUUCCUUGCGCUUUGCGAAAGAGGGGGCUGUGGUCAUGUGUGCAGAUAUCUAUGCAGUCGCAAAGGCAGAUGCAGUCUAUGGACUACAAGUUCCAACGCAUGAAGUCAUCAAAUCUGAAGGAGGAAGAGCCUCGUUCGUGCAGACUGAUGUACGAAAGGAAGAUGAGGUGGAGCUUCUGGUCACGCAGACAGUCCGCGAAUUUGGGAGACUGGAUAUAAUAGUCAAUUGUGCAGGCGUAGCGAUGGCAGAUGUCGAUGGUCUCGCAGGUCAACCAGGCGGGGUUCGUGUCCAUGAGCUCGAGACUUCAUUGUUUGACAACACAAUGGCGAUCAAUACUCGUGGCGUCUUUCUUGGCUGCAAAUACGCAUUAAAACAAUUUCUUGCCCAAGAAGCUCUACCAGCAAGCUCUCGUGGCGAUCGUACCCGUGGGUGGAUUAUCAACAUUGCUAGUACUGCAGGAUUGAUUGCUCUUGGUGGUGCGCCAAGCUAUACGACGAGCAAGCACGCUGUUAUAGGGUUGACGAAGCAAGUUGCCAUUGAUUAUGCGAAGAAUAAAGUGCAUUGCAAUGCUGUUUGUCCUAGUUUCAUCGAUACGCCUCUGAUAUCGAAGAUCACUAGAGAUACAGAGAAUCCAAUUGCACUUGGGACGGCUCAGGCCCUUGUUGCCGCCCAUCCUUGGGGAGCACUUGGUCAGCCAGAAGACGUGGCUUCUGCUGCAGUUUUCCUGGCAAGUGAGGACUCACAGUGGGUCACAGGCCAUUCUUUGGUCAUAGACGGAGGAUAUACUGCUCAGUAA